CGACGUCACACCGGUCGUCCUAUCCUAUCCAGCCUGUAGCAGGCGGCAGUAGGUGGCAGUUUCCUGACUGGAGCUGAGGAAAGCAGGAGCAGGGGCGGUUAGACCAGAAGGCCACCAUGGUGCUCAACCCUGUCAUCUCCAAGCUCACCGGGAAACUGGUCGUGCUGGCAAGCGCUUCACCCAGGAGACUGGAGAUCCUCAGCAAUGCUGGCUUAAGGUUUGAGGUGGUCCCAUCCUGGUUUAAAGAAACUCUGGACAAGGGACUUUUCAAGGCACCUCAUGAGUAUGCUGUUGAGACAGCCAAACAGAAGGCCCUGGAGGUGGCCAGGAGGAUGCCCUUUAAACACCUGAAGACUCCAGACAUAGUAAUCGGAGCAGACACUAUUGUGACUAUAGAUGGCAUGAUUCUGGAGAAACCAGCUGACAAAGAUGAUGCUUACAGGAUGCUCUCAAGUUUAAGUGGUAAAGAGCACAGUGUCUUCACUGGUGUAGCUAUUGUCCUCUGCCAUGAGAAAGAGAACGAAGAAGUAGAUUAUCAGUUGAUUGACUUCUACGAAGAAACAAAGGUGAAGUUUGCUGAUCUGUCAGAGCAGAUGCUGUGGGAGUACAUCAAUAGCGGUGAACCCAUGGACAAGGCAGGAGGCUACGGCAUUCAGGCCCUCGGCGGGAUGCUGGUUGAGUACGUCCAUGGAGACUUCCUCAAUGUUGUGGGUUUCCCCCUCAAUCGCUUUUGCAAACAGCUGGACCUUAUUUACAACUGCUGUACUUCCUUCUUGGACCAAGAGAGUGCGCCUGUGCAGCUGAGUCACAACAGCACUCCCAUAACCUCCAUACUCACUCAGCCCUCACCCAGCCUGCCAGCUCAGUCCAGCCACAGUCCCAGCUCUUCAGCCAAACACAACUCCUCAUCCAGCUCAUCUGCCAAGCAUACACACCAGAAUUGCUCUUCCGCCAGUCCCGCCCAUAAAGUGAAAAGAAAAGGCAGUCAAAGUGAAGUGGAUGAGAGUCCCUGGGCAUUGGUCAACAGCCUUUCUGAACACACAGAAUCUGAGAAUACAACACUACCGCCGAUGACCAGCAGAGGGCAGACGAUAGAGCUCAAUGUGACAGAGCAUGAGGACAGUGAGCCAGAAAAAGAGGACCUGCAGCGAAUGAUGGGUCUGAUGGAUGGAUUCAAAGCCUCAAAGGCACUGUUUACCGCAUCCAAGAUGUGCGUGUUUGACCUGCUACAAAGCAGACCAGGGCUGGAUGCAGCACAGGUGGCCCAGGAGAUCAAAGCCUCAGUGAAGGGCACUGAAUGCCUGCUGGAAGCCUGCGUGUCACUGGGACUGUUGAAGAGCAAACAAAGAAUGUCUGUACUCGAAGCGGGCCAGAGGCCAGGGUACGAGAACACAGAUCUGGCCACGCGCUUUUUGCUGUCAGACGCUCCUUUCUCGCUGCGGGGCUACAUCCAGCACUGCAACGACACAGUGUGGCCUCUCUUCUCCCACCUGGAGAGAGCUGUGCAGGAGGGGGCCAAUCAGCGCGAGAGGGCUUUUGGCAAAGCGUCCAAGAAUAUGUUUCAGGAUACCUUCUACAACAGUCAAGAAGUCAAGCUGAGAUUCAUGAAUGCCAUGCACAGCAUCGCUAAGGUUACGGGAAAGGCUGUCGCAACAGCCUUUGACCUUUCCAGUUUUAAAACUGCCUGCGACCUUGGAGGCUGCACAGGUGCCAUGGCUUACGAGUUCACUAAAGCUCACCCUGGGCUGUCUGUGACAGUGUUCGACUUGCCAUCUGUUGUUGAGAUGAGCGAGCAUUUCCAGCCGCAGCAGACAAACAACAGGGUGUCAUUUGUAGCAGGAGACUUCUUUAACAAUGAGUUGCCCAAAGCAGACUUGUACAUCCUGGCGAGAAUUCUUCAUGACUGGCCUGAUGAGAAGGUGCAUGUUCUGCUGAGUAAAAUCGCGGAUGCGUGCACACCAGGCUGUGGACUCCUGCUGAGUGAGAUCUUCCUGGAUGAAGACAGAAGCGGCCCGAGUCGCGGGCUGCUCCAGGCCCUCAGCAUGAGCGAGGGGAAGCAGAGGAGCGCGCCAGAAUACAGUCUGCUUUUGAAGAGCCACGGUUUUGAAACGGCACAUGUCAUACAUACAGAGAACCUUCUGGAUGCUAUGCUCUGCAUCAAAGCGUGACUGAUCCUCAGCAACACUAUAAGGAAGGAUGCGCAGUGCUCAUAGCUGAGACCAUGUUGGACGGACUGACACCCUACUCUGCCCUGCAGUCUCUGAACAUGCUUGCCCAGACCGAGGGAGUAGAGAGGACAGAGAGCCAGUACGCAGACUUGCUGAGCAAACAUGGA